GCAAGAUGUCUUCCCAACCACCACUUUCUGUUCCGCUCAAAGAACAGAGACUCCUAGAUGUCAAACUGCACCAGCUGCCAGCCUGGAUAAUGAAGCAGGACUUUACCCCUAGUGGGAUUCUUAAAGCUUUUCGUAGAGGUUAUGAUGCAUAUUUUAAUAAGUAUAUUGAUGUGAAGAAAGGCGGGAUUGGUGGUGUUUCUAUGGUGCUUGCUGCUUACAUCCUGCUCAAUUAUUGUGCGGCUUACAAGGAGCUUAAACAUGAACGGAGACGAAAAUACCACUGAAAAUUCAAGAUGCUUUUUAGAUAAUG